CGUGUCCUACCCGGAAGCGCGCCGCAGGCUGGCUACGGGCUGAGCGGUGCGAACCGCGGAUCCGCAUUUGCAGGCCCAAGGAUGCUGUACUGUUGUGUGCCCAAGUGGUCAGAGUCUAGCUCCUUGGAAGCCCUGCUGUGUGCUUUGCCAAGGCACACCCCUCAUCAUUAGGGGGCAACAAGGUAACCCCAGAACUGCCGGGCGAUGGUGGGCAUGCAGCCAAGGACACAGUGAGUGCCGAUGUGCCGAAGCUCCUCUCCUUCCAAGGCCGAACACUCGAAUGUGACCUUUGCCCUCGCAUUUCCCUGGAAGAUGAAGUGCGUGUUGGUAGCCACUGAGGGCGCAGAGGUCCUCUUCUACUGGACAGAUGCGGAGUUUGAGGAGAACCUCCGGCUGAAGUUCAGGCAGUCAGAGAAUGAGGAAGAGGAGCUCCCGGUGCUGGAGGACCAGCUCAGCACCCUCCUGGCCCCCGUUAUCAUCUCCUCCAUGACGAUGCUGGAGAAGCUCUCAGACACAUACACCUGCUUCUCCACAGAAAACGACAACCACCUGUACGUCCUGCAUCUGUUUGGAGAGUGCCUCUUCAUCGCCAUCAACGGAGACCACGGCGAGAGCGAGGGGGACCUGCGGAGGAAGCUGUGCGUGCUCAAAUACCUGUUCGAGGUGCACUUCGGGCUGGUGACCGUGGACGGCCAGAUCAUCCGGAAGGAGCUUCGUCCCCCUGACCUGGAACAACGUGCCCGGGUGUGGAAGCACUUUCAGAGACUGCUGGGUACCUACAGUCACCUGCGGGAACAGGAGCAGAGCUUUGCUGUGGAGGCAGUGGAGCGACUCAUUCACCCCCAGCUCUGCGAACUGAGCAUCGAGACGCUAGAGCGGCACGUGGUUCAAGCUGUCAAUUCGAGCCCUGAGCGGGGUGGCGAGGAGGUCCUGCACGCCUUCCUGCUUGUGCACUGCAAGCUGCUGGCUUUCUACUCCAGCCACGGCGCAAGCACCCUGCGCCCCGCAGAUCUCCUGGCCCUCAUGCUCCUGGUUCAGGACCUCCAGCCCUCCCAAAGCGCCACAGACGAGGAAGAGGAUGACAGCAACGGCCCUCAGCCUUUCCCCCAGAGGAGACCCAGGAGCAGCCAAAACAUCCCAGUCCAGCAGGCGAAGAGCCAGAGCACCUCAGUUCCCACCAGGAGUUCCGAGGAGACAGACACAGAUAGCAUCUCCCUCCCUGAAGAGUACUUUACCCCUGCUCCUUCUCCAGGCGAGCAGAGUUCAGGUAGCGUCUGGCUGGAUGGUAGCACCCCGCCCAGCGAUGCUCUUCAGAUGGCUGAGGACACCCCCAAGGGGCAGGCGCCACACUCCCCAGAACUUCCCAGCCCCAGAAGGAUCUUCCUGGAUGCCAACAUAAAAGAAAACUACUGUCCCUUAGUGCCCCACACCAUGUACUGCCUGCCCCUGUGGCCAGGCAUCAACAUGGUGCUGCUGACCAAGAGUCCCAGCACACCACUGGCCCUGAUCUUGUACCAACUGCUGGAUGGCUUCUCCCUACUGGAGAAAAAGCUGAAGGAAGUUCAGGAGGCCGGAAGUGCCCUGCGGUCCCAGCCCUUUGUUGGAGACCUGCGCCAGAAGAUGGACAAGUUUAUCAAGAAUCGAGUUGGGCAGGAGAUUCAGAACUCCUGGCUGGAGUUUAAGAGCAAGGCCUUCUCUAGAAGUGACCCAGGAGCAUCCUGGGAGCUGCUCCAACUCUGUGGAAAGCUGAAGCGACAGCUGUGUACCAUCUACCGGCUUAGCUUCCUGGCCACUGCACCGAGCAGGGGAGGACCGCACCUACCCCAGCACCUGCAGGACCGAGCCCAGAAACUCAUGAAGGAGCGACUUCUGGACUGGAAGGACUUCCUGUUGGUGAAGAGCCGGAGAAAUGUCACCAUGGUGUCCUACCUGGAGGAUUUCCCAGGCCUGGUCCACUUCAUCUAUGUGGACCGUACAACAGGGCAGAUGGUGGCUCCUUCUCUCAGCCCCAAUGAAAAGAUGUCUUCCGAGUUGGGCAAGGGGCCCCUGGCUGCCUUCGUCAAAGCCAAGGUCUGGGCUCUGGUCCAACUGGCGCGCAGGUACCUGCAGAAAGGCUGCACCACGCUGCUGUUCCAGGAAGGGGACUUCCGCUGCUCCUACUUCCUCUGGUUCGAGAAUGACAUGGGAUACAAACUACAGAUGAUCGAGGUGCCUGUUCUCUCCGAUGACUCGGUCCCCAUUGGCGUGCUGGGAGGUGACUACUACAGGAAGCUUCUGCGCUACUACAGCAAGAGUCGCCCUUCGGAGCCCGUCAGGUGCUACGAGCUGCUCACCCUCCACCUGUCCGUCGUCCCCACUGAGCUCCUGGUGCAGCAGGCCAGCCAGCUGGCCCGGCGCCUGGGAGAGGCCUCCCGGGUGACCCUGCCCUAGGCCAUCUUGCUUGCAGGCAUUCCCCACAGCCAGGCUUCUUCCAGUGCCCUCUGUCACACCCCACUGUUGACUCCUCCACACCACACAGGCUAAGGAGCAGGCCUUCUCUGAAGGGAGGGGAUGCCAUAUUUCUGUGGCCCCCAGAACUGUGUGGUCAGAGAUGACAGCAGCUGCUCUGGGAAGCUGCCCUCUGGGUGCCCAGGAGAGCAGAAGGAAGUCUUAAUACUCAGGCUGUGUGAAGUCGCCCCCUUCCUGCCAUUGUGCCCAGGGUAGCUGUUUCCUACCCCAAACAGAAGCACUCCCUCUGGCUGGUCACUGUUCCAGCUUGGCUCCUGCCCCCUUGCGUCUGAGUGAGUCCUGUUUCCUCACAUUUGCAUUGACAGCACCUACCCUGACGACACUUGACCUCUCAGGGUGGUCAGGAGGAUUGUGGACAUGCUUGGGUGCUCAAUAAAUGUUGGUUCUUGUCAUUA